CCCGGGAGCUGGUUGGGGGCGCUCCCGUCCCUCUCCGCCGGCCCCUCCCCCGCCGAUGGGCCGGCCCGGCUCUCCCUGCCAAGAGAUGGGCCGGCCCGGCGGCGCGCGGGCAGCGGCGGCGGCGGCGGCGGUCCAAGAUGGCGGAGCUGCAACUGGACCCGGCGAUGGCGGGGCUGGGAGGGGGUGGUGGGAGUGGGCUGGGCGACGGGGGCGGACCGGGUCGCGGGCCCCCCAGCCCUCGCCCCGCUGGCCCCACGCCCCGCGGGCACGGCCGCCAGCCCACCGCCGCCGCGCAGCCGCUGGAGCCGGGUCCCGGACCGCCCGAGCGGGCAGGGGGCGGUGGCGCCGCCCGCUGGGUCCGGCUGAACGUGGGCGGCACCUACUUCGUGACCACCAGGCAGACCCUAGGCCGGGAGCCCAAGUCUUUUCUCUGCCGCCUCUGCUGCCAGGAGGACCCGGAGCUGGACUCAGACAAGGACGAGACAGGGGCCUAUCUGAUUGACAGGGACCCUACCUACUUUGGUCCUAUCCUGAACUACCUCCGCCAUGGGAAGCUCAUCAUUACGAAGGAGUUGGCAGAAGAAGGUGUGCUGGAGGAAGCGGAGUUUUACAACAUUGCGUCUCUCGUGCGACUUGUUAAGGAAAGGAUACGGGACAACGAGAACAGAACUUCACAGGGCCCCGUGAAGCACGUGUACAGAGUCCUGCAGUGCCAAGAAGAGGAGCUCACGCAGAUGGUGUCCACUAUGUCUGACGGUUGGAAAUUCGAACAGCUAAUCAGCAUCGGAUCUUCCUAUAACUAUGGAAAUGAGGAUCAGGCAGAAUUCCUCUGUGUUGUCUCCAGAGAAUUAAAUAAUUCUACCAAUGGCAUUGUCAUAGAGCCGAGCGAGAAGGCAAAGAUUCUUCAGGAGAGAGGAUCUCGGAUGUAAAGUCCGGAGUCCUAACCGACGAGAGAGCAACCCAGCAGAGCACCUCUGUGAAGUUAAAUCUUGCUCCUGUACAGUAACUGAGCUACUGCAAAGCAAAGCUGAGCCUGGCCCCCCGGUGGAGAAGUGUUCUGGUCAAAACCAAAGGAACCCCAGCCCCACCCACAGGAGCCGGAAGACAGAGGCCGCUUCCGGCUGCAGAAUACCUUUUCAGUACCUGCUUCUGUUUUCUUAGCCAGUGUUAUAACAAAUCUUUACAAGAGCAGCUGGGCCGGGUUCCCAGCUGGAGCUGAUCUAGGGCUAGGGGGAGGGGAAGAGGAAGGCCUAGGUCUUUGCACAUAUGCUGUGCUUCAAGGAAGCUGGAGCAAACGAAGAGGUUUUUCCCUGCGCUGUGCCAUGUUUCCACCUGAGUGGGCCACGUUGGACGUUGGCAGCCGCUUUGUAACACCAUCUUUCCCCGCCCAUGCACCCCAAAAUAAUGCAGCAGAUGCAAAGGGUUCUAGCUUCAGGUUGUUGAACUGAGGUUUCGAUAGAGUUGCCAGAGUACCCCACAUUCCUAUGAACAAAGCCUCUGGGAGGAGGGGGAGGAUAGGGUGUCCUUGGUUGUGGUUGGAGACGGGGGAUCGCAGCUCUGGAUUCGGGACACCCAGCUACUACCAUGUUCAGCUUUGCCUCGUUUGUCUCCAGCAGCCUGGACCCCCCAGAUAGCUUGCUUUCUCCCCAAGAAGAGGUUUGAGGCAGGCGGCAUCCUGCGCCGAAUGAGACGGACAGACUGAUGGGCGCUUUAGGUAGUUGGCGUAACUGCUUCUGCAGCCUUUUCUUGCCCUCCAUUGGCCCAUCUUCCUUCCCUGACUUUUUAAACUGGGGCUGAGGGUAAAGGGACUUUGGACCCUCGAUGGCUUGGGGUGGGGACGGCUGUUUUCUUUGAAAGUUGCCAAAUGUGUUAUGUUGUAGUAUCCAAAAAAGUGGUAUCAUUUUUGUGAUCGUCUCUUGGAAAUGCCUUGACCAAAAGUGCGAUAUUUGUGUCUCUUCUUGGUUUCUGACCUGGGCGGCGUCAGUGAGCAUCCCCCACCGUCCCCCAUAGUGUGUGUGCGUUUGCUGGGCAGUCUGCGGACUCUGCCAUCUCUGACCUAGCCCUCACCACCACUCCUUUCUGUGGAGCGCCAAGGCGUCGAGGAUCAAACGCUGUUGGACCCAGAGGAGGAAAGCCCUCCGUUGGGCUGUGCCCUCAGAGCUCGUAACUGGACUCUCUAAGCUUUUGAGUCUCGAUGAGCAGUCAUGGAACGCAAAGGGGCCAGAUAAUCCUGACUUUUCCCCGGGUGACUUUCUUAGGGUGGCAGAUGGUCUGGAGGAGGGGGAGGUGCCCGUGGGGAAUGCUCCAUCCAUAAAAGCCCCCUCAAGCCCAAGGCUCCUGGGCACCUUCAAAGCUGAGGUUCUCUCUGCUCCACAGUUCAGCUGCUUACUGCGUGGGUCUGGGGUCAUGGUGUUUUGGAAAUGACUAUCGACUAUGCCAAAUGUCUUCUGAGCCUGUGACCUGCCCCUGCCCAGGUGGCCUAACUCUUCUCCAGGAUUCACACGUUGCCCUCACGUGUCUGUGUAGAGUAGGGUAGAAGUGUGUAUCCAGGGCGUCUGCUGACACGCCAUGUCUGCGCACCAACGUGAACGUGCACGUCGGCACCUCGGAAGUCUGGCCCGAGCCCAGGAUUUUUACAGUUGUAAAAUGUUAGAGGAACUUCUACCUACAAUAAAAACAGUCACCCCUUCAGAAAGGUGACAGAUGUCCAUCCUGUCAUCUUUCAGGGAAAAAAAAAAAAAAAGAUUUUGAGUGAGUCAAGGAAAAGCUGCCCUCAGUAGGACAGAACUAUGGGCGAGGUGCUCUUUGGCCGAUUUGAAUGAGAACCGUCAGACUGAAAGGAGGGAAAGCAGCUGCAUCUGGGGCCUCGUGCCCAAUCAGAUUUGCUUUCUGGGGCUCACCUGAUGAUCAGCCUCUGGUCCCAAGCCAGCGAGAAGGAGCGAGGAGGCGUGGGCCAGCCCCUCAGGAUGCACUGUUUCUUUCUUCACGCUUCUCAGAGGUCCACCGUGGAGCCUGCGAAAAGACUGCUGAGCCCCUUGCUAAGUGAUCUGAGGAACUAGAGGGCUGCCUUUCACCAAGUUUCCCUCCUCCCGGCAACCCCAUGACAAUUUCAGUUGUUCCAAUGCUCCAGGAAUCCGAGAGAGAUUCGUUUCUUAAGGUUUCUGGACAAGUAUUUUACCCAAGCCCUUUAUGAACCUAGUUGGUGUUUUUUUCUUGAAAGCCUUCUCCCUCCGGGAGAGUAACUUCAGGCAGAGGUCUGGCCAUUGGCUGGGGGUAUCACAUGACCAGUGACCCACACUCUCCAGCUGCCCAGGGCUGCCACGUGGGGAGUGUCUCCCUGCUUCCUUCCCUGCCCAGGUCCGAGGCCGUGGGUGAUGCAGGCCAGACCCAGGGAGCAGCCUGGCAUCUCCUGAGUGACGACCCCAGAAGCCCGCUUCCAUCUUCUCCUCAGAACCUGUUCCUCUUUCUUGGCAGUGAGGCAGGGCCCAACCUCCUCUAGAGUAACUUAGUUUCUGCACAAUUUUAACUGAUCUCAGGGGUGUCCGUGAGGUGCAGAGGAGGAAGGGACAGAGAUGCUGAGGGAGUAGGGCUGAGAAGUCACCCACACCCUCCAGCAUGGCCUUUGAGCCAGGCCUUAGGGACCAUGCCUGUCACUUGUGGGUGCCCUUUGUUACCAUUUGUGUGUUUGAAUAAAGUCUGAAAUGCCGUGACCCUUUUUUUCUGUCUCUGGUCAAUAAAGACAUGAAACAAACUUCUG